AACGCCCCCACUACCGCCCAGCAUUUAUCAUCACAAUGUGCUGAAGGAGAAAACGCCUAUUUGAGUAUUUGUUUCUGCAGUUUGUGUUGGGUUUUUAUUCAGCACGAAAGUGUCUGUCUAGCCGGAUUGAUAUUGUCUGUAAAAACUUUCACUAAUAUCUAUUUUAGUUGGGAAAUAACUGGAAACAUGCAGAACUACGCAGAUGAUGUCAAGGACUUAAUUGAGCAGCACGCUACUGCUCUCACAGUUGUCUUUGCUGCAGGGGUCGGUGUGCUGGCCCUGCGUAGGUGGAUGGCAGGGGGAGUGUGUCGCAGCAAGGCUAGGCUUGAUGGGAAAACAGUCCUUAUCACAGGAGCCAACACUGGGAUUGGGAAGGAGACGGCCCUGGAUAUGGCUCAGAGAGGGGCCAGAGUGAUUCUUGCCUGCAGGGACAUGACCAGAGCCCGCAUUGCAGCAGAUGACAUUCGACAGCGGAGCGGGAACGGCAAUGUGGUGGUAAAGAAACUGGACCUUGCCUCGCUGCAGUCUGUCAGAGACCUGGCCAAAGAUGUCCAGGAGAACGAGGAGCGCUUGGACAUCCUCAUUAACAAUGCAGGUAUUAUGAUGUGCCCUAAGUGGGAGACUGAAGAUGGCUUUGAAAUGCAGUUUGGUGUCAAUCACCUGGGACAUUUUCUCCUCACCAACUGUCUGCUUGACCUGCUGAAGAAGUCAGCUCCAAGUCGCGUUGUUGUUGUCUCCAGCCGUGCACAUGAGAGAGGCCGUAUGCACUUUGAUGACAUCAACCUUGAUAAAAGCUACAGUCCUGGACAGAGCUACAGCCAAAGCAAGCUAGCUAAUAUUCUCUUCUGCAGAGAGCUGGCUAAAAGACUGCAAGGCACCGGUGUGACAGUGUACAGUCUUCAUCCUGGGAUCAUUCGCACAGAGUUAGGCCGCCAUUUUUUCCCUACUUUAGCUAUGUGGAAGAAGAUGAUACUUAUGCCGUUUUUAUUGCUGAUCAAAAGUCCCUGGGAAGGAGCCCAAACCACCAUCUACUGCGCUGUGGACGAGAGCCAGGCAAACGUCAGCGGUCUCUACUACAGUGACUGUGCCGUCACACAGCCGAGACCACAGGCCCUGGAUGAUGCUGCAGCCAAGAAGCUGUGGGACCUCAGUGCUUCCAUGGUUGGUCUGGCUUAAACACAGCAGCCUGAUUUGCAUUCAUCAGCUCUGUUUGCAUUAGAGAACAGAGGACUCCAUUUCAGUUUAUUAUCUAAUACACUACCAAGCAAAAGUUUGGACACACUUUCUCAUUCAAUGGGCUUUUAGUUAUUGUCUACAUUGUAGAUUAAUACUGAAGACAUCAAAACUAUAAAAGAAUACAUUUGGAAUUAUGUUGUGAACAAAAAAGUGUUAAUCUUCAGCAUUAAUCUACAAUGUAAAAAACAGUACAAAUAUAUAAAAAGCAUUAAAUGAGAAGGUGUGUCCAAACUUUUGACUGGCAGUGUAGGUCAUUGCAUCAUUUAGUCUUUCACUUCUUCUAAUCUUGUAGACCUGAAAGAUUCGCAACACAAAAUUUUGCACAGUUUGCUCAGAUAAGGUGUAUUGCUUCAUCUUUAUAUUCUGCAUAACUUUAUAAUUUGUGGUAGAUUGUAUACUUAUGCUCUGCUGCUAUGUCGAGGUUUGAGGGAAGGUUUGCUGAUUAAUCUACCAUUUUGGCUGAAUGUUUGCAUUUCACCAAUUUCCCUUAAAUAUAUAUAUUUUUUUGAUGUGGAAAAACUAAAAUGCCUUUGGGUCAUACAACCUCUUUCACCUUUUCAUCAACUUCCAAGAGACGUUUAGGGCUUCAAACAGUUGUUUUUAUUCGUGGUAUCUAACAACUGCAAACAUUCACAGAAACCGUUGUAUUCUUUGUAUGAUAAAUUCUGAAUCAACCUAACAGGAGUCACUGCAGUCAUGAAACCAUGUAGAGCAAUAAAAGGAAGGUGAUCAUAAAUGGCUGUAGGAUGAGGAGGAAGGAUGUGUUGAAGCAGAGAUGAAGUGUUGCAUAAAAGAGGUGACCUUAAGAGCUGGCAGUUGGUGAGAAGAUUGUUGCACUUGAGAGGACAAAGGAUCCUCCACCAGGUGUAGAGAGGGAGUGAACGCCUCGGGGGCAGAGAGCAGUCAGGAUACACCCAGUGGAUCCAGAAGAUACCACCCCUUCCCGACUGCCCUCCUGUGGCUGUGUGUGGGUUUUUUGUUUUGUUUUUUUACAUUAGGCAUGGCCAGUUUGCUUGUUGUGUCUUUACAUGAUUUUACUAAUGUUUUAUGUUUGCUUUGAGGAGUUAAUUUAGUCACUGAAUGUACUUAAAAAGAACCUGCUAAAGUGGAAAAUCACCAGCUGUGUAACAAUGUCAGCAAUAAAUAUGUGAUGAAACUUGG